AUGAGGCACGGCAUGCGCACCGCCAAGCUCGGCCGCCCGACCGCCCACCGCGUCCUCAUGCUCCGCAACCUCGUCUCGUCCCUCCUCCACCACGAGCAGGUCACCACCACCCUCCCCAAGGCCAAGGCCGCCCAGAAGCUCGCCGACCAGGUCAUCCACUGGGGAAAGCUCGGCGGCAAGUCCAACUGGGACCGCGCAAACGCCUUCCUCCUCAACCCCAAGGACACGCUCCGCCCUUUGUUCACGACCCUCGCCCAGCGCUACGCCUCGCGACCAGGCGGCUACACGCGCAUCCAGCGCGCCGGGUACCGCGUCGGCGACAACGCGCCCGUCGCCGUCCUCGAGCUCGUCGACUCGGCCGCCGACCUGCGCUUCGAGCGCGCGGCGCGCACCGUCGGACGCGAGAUGGCGCUCCGCGCGCGCGAGGUCGUCCCCGCGACGGGCGAGAUGAGGGGCCCGGCGGCGUGGCACGACUUGCGCAAGCGGGUCGAGGCGCACGGGCCCGAGCGCAUCGGCGAGCUGCUCGGCGCCGCCGAGGAGCUCGACGCGCUCACGCGCGACAACGUCGUCAAGGCGCUGCGGUACCGCUCCGCGCCGCUCCCCGUCGACCCGGCGACGAGCGUCUCGUCUACGGCCGAGGUCGUGUCGGCCCCGGCGCGCGACGUCGACGCUCCUUCGUCCUCAGCAGCCGCCGCCGACGCCGACGCGACCGUCCCCGCCGUUCACCCGGCGUCCCUCUUCCUCGACCGCGCGUACCACCACUACCUCCUGUCGCUCGCGACCCUCUCGCUGUCGACCUCGCGCGCGCCCGACCCGGACCGCACCAUCAAGCAGCUCACGCAGCGCCUCGGCUCGCUCGAGCUGCGCGGCGCCCCGCGCCCGGUCCUCACCGUCCCGAGCGUCGGCCGGUCCCCAAAGGCGGGCGAGCGCACCGACGGCUGGGAGGCGCACGCCGAGCGGGGUGGCGACGCGAGCUCGAAGCGCGGUGGGCCGAUCGCGCGCGCCAAGGGCAACAAGGGGCGCGAGAGCAGGACCUGGGGCGCGCAGGCGGCGGCGGCGGCCGCGAGGGCAAAGGCGCAGGCGGUCGAGCACGAGGCGUAG